AGAAACUUUAGGUUAAAAUAAAUUGAUAUAAUUAAGACCGAGAACAAAAUAAAUCCGCACUUAAAUCUACAGAACCAACGGUUCAGAUUCAUUUAUCCGGUGCUGCGAUCCCGGGACCUUCUAACAACACCUACGCCACUUCUAGCCUUUCCCACCACUGAAAUCUCCUCUCCCUAAUUUUCCCAUUCAUUUCCCACCGUCCGAUCUUCACCUCACCGAAAAAAUGUCGGACGAAAAUGGCGAAACGGGCCCAGAAACCCUAGCCCGGCCCGAAGAAGAAGCUUCUAGGCUACAGGCCUUAGCGGCGGAGGCCUACACUUCCGGCGACCUCAAAGCCGCCGCGAAGCACGCCAAACAGGCGCACAAGCUUCAUCCAUCUCUCAACGGCUUGCCGGAGAUGCUCGCCGCCUUUACAAUCCUCCGCACCGCCGCGGAGCCGAUUUCCGCCGCCGAAGGUAGCUCCGUUCUCGAUUACUAUCAAAUCUUAGGGGUGGAGCAGUUCUCGCACAUCAACACCAUUAAGAAGCACUACAAAAAGCUCGCGAUGACUCUUCACCCGGACAAAAAUCCGUUCGCGGCGUCGGAGGAGGCGUUCAAGCUCGUCGGAGAGGCGGCGCGUGUGCUUUCGGAUAGGAUCCGUCGGAAGGAGUACGACACGAGGCUUAGGGUUGCGUUGCAGUCGAAAUCGUCUCAGGAGUCCGAAUUGACCGCCGGGCCGCCGCCGGAGACGUUCUGGACACCGUGCACGUCUUGCCGGCGGCUGCAUCAAUUCGAGCGGAAAUAUUUAGGGCAUAACUUGAUGUGCCCUAGCUGCAAGAAGACCUUCACAGCUGUGGAGGCCGAGGACGAUUCCGAGAAGAAUGGCUGCGUGCCGCCGACAGUUAGGGCAAGUGCUAGGAUUAGGGAGAGGAUUGCAAGAGGCGAUGGAUUAGGAAUUGUGGAGAAAUGUGGGUUAGGGAUGAAGAGGAGAAUUGCUAAGGUUGAGGUUAAGGCCACUGGCGAUGUUAAUCCGGUGGAAGACGGUGGCAGCAGUGGCGGCGAUAAUGGCAGCUAUGAGAAUGGAUUGACCCAGAGAGUUGGAGAGGAGACAAUGGAGAGUGAGAAAGCUAAGAAAGCAGAGGCAAGGGAAGAUGCAACAAUGACUUUAUCGGAACUACGAAUGUUGACGAGGCAGAAGAAGAAGAAGCUCGACAAUGGCGAGGGAGCGAUGAGACCGAAUGAAAUUGACGUUGGAAAAUCGAGAGCGAAGAAAAAGAAGGUGGAGAAUUCCGAAGGGGCAGAAGAAAAGGAUUUGGAAAACGUAGAGAAUGAAGAUACAACAAUGGCAAUCGCCGCAGCAGGUGAAGAAGAACAUGGAAAAGAGAAGAAUGCCGACGACGAAAUUGAAAUUGAUCGCAACUGGAAGAAUCGAGAGGCGAAUGGGAAAGCAACAGAAACGAGAGGGAAACGGGAGAGGCAAAGAUCGUCAAAAUUAGCAAAUUUGGAAGCUUUACAAAGACACUCAUCGAAAAAUCAGCGCUCCAAGAAGAAGGAUAGUAAUGUGGAGAUGUUGGCUGUGGAGGAUGCUGAUUUUCACGAUUUUGACGUCGAUAGACAUGAGAGAAGCUUCAAGAAAGGCCAAGUGUGGGCAGUGUACGACGAGAGCGACGGAAUGCCGAGGCACUAUGCCGUAAUCGAUCAAAUCGAAUCCCUAAAUCCGUUCAAGGUGAUGCUGAGCUGGCUGGAAGUUAAUCAAAAUCAUCCUGGAGAAUCGAUGAGUCAGUCAUGUGGGAGCUUCAAGAUUUCCAACAAUGUGUCGAUUCAGUUCGUGAAUUUAUUCUCACACAUUGUGGAUUGCGAAAGGGCUGCAAGACAGACGUAUAGGAUAUAUCCCAAGAAAGGGUCGAUAUGGGCGUUGUACGGCGAAUUGAACCGGAAAUACGACAUCGUCGUUUGCUUGAGAAGCUACAGCGACAUGCACGGGACGAGUUUAGCGUACCUCGAGAAGGUGGAGGGGUUCAAAGCAGUGUUCAAGAGACGAUCGAUUGGCGCGAAUGCAGUUGUGUGUCUAAGAAAGGAUGACAUGAGGAAAUUCUCGCAUCGGAUCCCGGCAAAGAAGCUUUCGGGCGAUCAGGUGUCGGGGAUUCUCGACAAGGACUGUUGGGAACUCGAUCCCGCUGCGCUCCCGCUUCAUUUUCUCGGUGAGUCUCUUUAGUUUAAUUAAAUUAGUGUUUAUUACAUUUGGUUUUUCUAUGUUUGUGUUGGAAUGAUUCUUGUGAAUGCAUGGAUUCCUUCGUAAAGUAUAAGUUUCGAUGCAUUUUGAAUAUGGUAUUGUCAAGUUUUGGAGUU